AUGGUUGAAAGGGAUAGUGAUUGGCGUACAGUCGAUUUGGCUGAAAAGCAAUUUAUUGGGCUAGAUUCGCUCGAAAGCAGAGCACAAGAGAAGCUUCAAAAACUUCAAGGUCUAAUACCUAAAGAGCCAAUAGCUUUUCCGGAGCGCGCGAAAGGAAGUAAUAUAUAUAGUCCGAAUGAAAUAACACCGAACGAAUUUGAAAAUGGAUUCGACGAGUGGGCUACAUACUUUGUAGACGAUCCGCCAAUACCACGGCCCCAGAGUCAUCGGUGGCUCUGGCAACCGCCGCCACAGAAAAAGGAAGUUCCUCAAAUACUGAGAGACAUAGAGUCGCUGAAACGCACACUCAAUAUCUCAGAGAUUCAAAUCGGGGUGACGGAUUUGACGCCUCCGGAAAUGCGUUCAGAAAGAGCGCCUGAUACGAAAUCAGUCAACCAAGAAUUGAAAUACAAAAAUAUUCAGGCAGAAGUUAAUAACAUUAUCGCGGAGGCAGCACGAAAAGAAAGGGAAAUGGCUGAAAGAAAGAAAAGAGAAGAAGAACGUGCGGCAGAAUUAGCUCGCCGUGCAGCAGCUGUACAGGCGCAACAAAUACAAAAGCCAUUGCGACCAUUAGAACCAAUAUCAUCUUUAGGACGUAAGGGAACCAAAGAACCAAAGAAAGGAUUGAUUGACACAACCAAAAGGGUACCAACUCGCCGAACAUCUAAUGCCUCUGCAGCAGAAGCCAAGUCAGUUGUAGCACCGAGCAACCGCUCCAAUGGAAAGGGGAAAAAUAAAUUGCAUUCAGAGGAUGAAGGAUUGGACGUCGAUAUUACAGCAGAGCAACGGCGACUAUCAGAUCUAUUACAUUCGGGUAUGAUUAGCCCUACACUGUCCGAACUAUCAUCAUUACCAUUACCCAAGAAAAGGCAACAAAAGUCUGGUAUAGAUAAUAUAAACACGCUAAGAAUUGGUCCAAAUAGAGGCCGAUCGCGGUCUCGAUCUCCUAUUAGACGACCAGUAUCACGAGCCCGAUCUAGAACUCCUGAAACAGUCAAUGUUUCCGAUACACGUAAUAGUAAAUCGGUCAAUGCUACUACUUCUGUCAGCGAAAAGAAAAAAUUGACUAUUAAAUCAUCAACAAGCAAACAAUCACGACCGACCACAAAGCAAACUGAAGAGAUCACGGAAUCAGUAAAUGCUACACCGACUGUUACUGUUGCUACUGACUCACCAAAGAAGAAGGGACGUAAAUUAGCAGACGACAAUACUUUAGCUCCAGCGCGGAAAGUACACAAGAUUUCUGCAGAUGAUAAUGCAGCCUCGAGAUCUGCCAAUGUCAGUCAGCAAAAGAUAAAUGCUGUUGAUGCGACAAUAGCUUCUGUCGUUAAUCUGCCAUCCAAAAACUCAAACGCGCGAAGUCUUGUAAUAAAAUUUAAAAUUCCAGCGAAGACUAUCGUUAAGAUGGACAUCGAUAAACAGAAAGACGUCCAAAAUGAACAGAAAGGCGAGAAACAAUCAUCUAAUAAUGAUCAACGAAAUAAACAACAGCAAAAAGAUAAUCAGAACGACCAAAAAAGCAAUAAUAAUGAACACGUUAAAAACGAACAGCAAAAGAUCGUUAAGAAGGAAAUGAUCAUGCCUAACAAUAAUGAGCACGUUAAAAACGAACAGCAAAAGAUCGUUAAGAAAGAAAUGGUCAUGCCUAACAAUCAAAAGAUUAGCAAUAAUAAUAGCAAGGAGAAGGAAAAGCAAGAAGUGGCGAAUGAACAUAAGAUUAGUAGUAAACAGAAGGAAGUGGCUAAUGAACAAAAGGACAUUAAGCAAAAGGAAGUGGCAAAUGAAUACAAGAAUGGUAAACAGAAAGAUGUGGUAAAUCAUCAUAAAGACAUUAAGCAAAAGGGUGCAGUAGUAACAGUAAAAAACGAACAAAAGAACAUUUUGACUAAAGAUUCAAUAGAAAAGAAGUCAGAUGAUAGACGAAAACGGCGGAGAUUGGUUGCUGACUCAACUGAAAUAGACUUGGUGUCUAAUUCGAUUCCGGAUAAGAGCACACUCGACUCGAAUGCUAAACUUAAUAAUAAUCUUUCUAAUCUGGCUGACGCAAACAACCAACAAUCUAAUUCUGCAGACUUUUUGACGAUAAAAUCAACAGUAAUUAAUGUGAAGCCGGAAACUGAUAAUUUCUUUCUAAAUUUACACGGAAAAUUAUACGAACCGCAUUCUUCUGAAUCAGCGACCAAAUCAAAAGAUAAUAUAACAACGUCAACAUCCUCAAAGUCUCUAGAUGCCAAAAAUAAUAGCAACACUUCAUCAUUAACACGAAGUUCAAUAGCAAAUUCUCAUUCAAAAGACCGAAAAGAUGAUAAUUCCACACGGAAAAUAGUAGAGAAAAAGGAAACAACGCCCUCUAAAUACUCGAAAGAGAGAACGGAGAAAGAAGAAUCAAUAUUGCGAGGUUCAAAUGACAAGAAGGAGCCGACACCAUCGUCAAAAACUUCACGAGAAAGAAAAGAAAAAGAAGAGACUCUAUCUAAAAGCCUAGGUGAGAGAAAGGAAUACAAACCUUCAAAAGAUCGGAAGGAAGAAACGACCUCGUCGCGACUAUCUAACGAAAAGAAAGAUGAAACUUCGUCUCGAAACUCAAAUGAUAAGAAAGAUGAAACUUCGAUGCGUCAUUCAAGCGAACGAAAAGAUGAAAUCUCUUCACGUCAUUCAAGCGACAGAAAAGAAGAAAACUCGUCGCGUCAUACAACCGAAAGAAAAGAUGAAACGUCUUCACGCCAGUCUAGCAAUCGAAAAGAAUCAAUAUCGUCCUCCUCGCGAUCUUACAAAAGAGACGACACAUAUUCAUUUAGAAGCUCAACAAACAGACGAGAAGAAUCAUAUCCUUCCCGAAAUUCAACAAGCACAAGAAGAGAUGACGCUUCUCGUAAUUCUUCAAACAAAAGAGACGAAACCUCUUCACGAAGCUCAAUCAGAAAAGAUGAAAGUACAUCUCGAAAUAUAAGUAAUAGCAAGGAAUCAAACCCAUCACAAACGUCAAAAGAGAAAAAAGAUGAUAAUAAUUCAUCGUCACGUACCUCGAGUGAUAAAAAAGUGGCAGCGGAUACAAGACAAUCAUUAAACGAUAAAAAAUUUGCAAAUAAUUUAUCUUCAUCAAAUCAAAUUCAGUCAUCCUCCUCGAAGACGGACGAUCCUGUGACUCCCAAGAAUACAGAGGAUGAAGUUCAAAAAUACGCGAAAAUCGGUAAAGACUUCAAACACGAAGGAACACGAAAAAUCAACGAAGCACUAGCAGCAAAAGCAAAAAUCACCGCGGAACAACAUCGUGUACAAGAGGAACUCAACAACGCAAAAAAAGUAGUUUCCGAAAGAGAUUCAAUUCUCAAAAUGAGCGGCAAAUUGACAUCGGCCGAAGCUACGAAGUGUAAGGAGGACCUUAAGAGGGCACAAAAAGUGUACAAAGAAAAAGAAGAAAAUUUGGCUUCAGUCGAUGCCAAAUUAAAAAGCUGGACGAUCGAAUAUACGGCCAAUUUGAAGGUGGCCUUCCGAGACCUUGCCAAGUCCCUGAGCGCGUUCACUAGGAUGUAUGCUUGCCAGGUAGAAGUGUAUAUGAAGACGACGACUAAAGGCCACCAAAGGCCCCCUGAACUUCCUUCAGGUUCUCUGGAGAGCUUGGUGGCCGAAACCAUUUCUUGGGCUGCAAAGAACAACAACAGAGAGUUGGAAGGUCUCAGCCUUGCCCUCCAAGGUCUGAUAAAGACACAGGAAGCAAAGUGCAAACCUCAAUGGCUUGAACUUGCCUCUAGCCUUGCUGACCUGUUGGAGACUUACGAAUGA